AGAGAGAGAUUGAAUCGAAAAAAAUUUGAAGUGAUAGCGAAACUGAGGUAGAGAUAAGAGGAGAAGAUUUUGGAUAGCUGUAAUGUCGUGUUCUUCAUCAUCAGGGGAAGAAGAAGAUGAGGGAAUCGAUGCUUACAGGAAAGGUGGAUAUCAUGCUGUGAGAGUUGGAGAUCCGUUCUCUGGUGGUCGAUACAUCGCUCAAAGGAAGCUUGGUUGGGGCAAUUUCUCCACUGUUUGGCUCGCUUACGAUACCCAAUGCUCUAGAUUUGUAGCUCUUAAGAUCCAGAAAAGUGCUGCUCAAUUUGCUCAAGCUGCUCUCCAUGAGAUCGAAGUCCUCUCCACAAUAGCUAGCGGUGACCCCUCUAAUUCCAAAGGCAUUGUUCGACUAAUUGACCACUUCAAGCAUGUGGGCCCAAAUGGGCAGCACCUAUGUAUGGUUCUUGAGUUUCUUGGUGACAGUUUGCUUCGGUUGACAAGAUAUAACCAUUAUAAUGGUCUUGAAUUGAACAAGGUUAGGGAGGUCUGCAGAUGGAUUUUGCAUGGUCUGGAUUACUUGCAUAGGGAACUCAAUAUAAUCCACACAGACCUAAAACUUGAAAAUGUUCUUCUUGUCUCCACCAUUGAUCCUGCCAAAGACCCUGUUCGGUCUGGGUUAACUCCAAUCCUCGAGAGGCCCGAGUGUAAUCCUAAUGGCGGGGCCAUGAUGAAUUUUGAUGAGAAAAAACUGAAGAGGAAGGCAAAGAGGGCAGUGGCAAAAAUUUCAGGAAGGAGAGAUUCAGUGGGUGGUGCUAUAAAGGAUGAGAGGGGCUUGAAUGGGAUUGAUUUUAAGUGCAAGAUUGUGGAUUUUGGAAAUGCAUGUUGGGUUGAUAAACAAUUCACAGAAGAUAUUCAAACAAGGCAGUAUCGGGCGCCUGAGGUCAUUCUUGGAUCUGGAUAUUCCUUCCCUGUUGAUAUAUGGUCUUUUGCUUGCAUUGCCUUUGAGCUUGCUACUGGCGACAUGCUGUUUGCUCCUAAGAGUGGCCAAGGGUAUAGUGAGGAUGAGGAUCACCUGGCUCUGAUGAUGGAACUUCUUGGAAAGAUGCCUCGGAAGAUAGCUAUUGCUGGAUCUCGUUCAAAGGACUACUUUGACAGACAUGGAGAUCUGAAGAGGAUCCGGAGACUGAAAUACUGGCCACUAGAUCGACUUCUGACCGAGAAGUACAAAUUUCCCCAUUCUGAGGCCCAGGAAUUUGCCGAGUUUCUUUGCCCUCUUUUCAAUUUGGCACCAGAGAAUCGACCAACUGCAGAACAGUGCUUACAGCACCCAUGGCUUAAUAUAAAAAAUUCAACAGAUCGUGUCGAAGGAAAAGAAUCUAGUAUGGAAAAGUUGGCAGUUGGGGUGAACAAGCUUCAGAUUUAGCGGUUAAAGGCUUUGGCAUGUUCCUCCUUUCGAAAUUCCUCCUCCACUGCAUGGGUAUUGUUUAUGAUCUAAUUUUUGUCUUGUAAAGUUUCAAUAAGAUUCAAUUUUUUGAUUGAUUAAAGGUGUAAAAUAGUUAAUAUUGUGAGGGCAACUUGGAUUCAAUGAAACACAGGAAGCUGACCCACUAA